AUGGCGCGACGAGCGUCUUCCUCGUCCACAUUCCAAUGGACCACCAUAUUCUACCUCCUUCUCAUAUUCAUCUGCCCCCUUCUUCUCAUCGGCACAGUCAAUGCUGAGGACCAGACACCUCUCAAUGACACCGACAACAACUAUGGUACCGUCAUUGGUAUCGAUUUGGGCACCACAUAUUCGUGCGUCGGUGUGAUGAAAGCCGGCAAGGUCGACAUCAUUGUCAACGAUCAAGGAAACCGAAUUACACCAUCAUGGGUGGCCUUCACUGAUGACGAGCGGUUAGUGGGCGACGCUGCAAAGAAUCAAUAUGCUGCCAACCCUACUCGGACCAUCUUUGACAUCAAACGUCUGAUCGGCCGCAAGUACUCGGACAAGGAUCUUCAGAAAGAUGCUAAGCACUUCCCUUUCACCGUUGCCCAGAAAGAUGGCAAGCCCGUCGUCAAGGUCGAAGUCAGCGGCAAGGAGCGCACCUUUACUCCGGAGGAAGUGUCUGCAAUGGUUCUCGGAAAGAUGAAGGACGUUGCUGAGGCUUACCUGGGCCAUGGCGUCACCCACGCUGUCGUCACGGUCCCGGCGUACUUCAACGAUGCCCAGAGACAAGCUACGAAAGAUGCCGGAACCAUCGCUGGCCUCAACAUCCUGCGUGUUGUCAACGAACCUACUGCCGCCGCGAUUGCGUAUGGUCUCAACAAGAAGAACGAGUCUCAGAUCAUUGUCUACGAUUUGGGUGGUGGGACAUUCGAUGUCUCGCUUCUCUCGAUCGAUGAUGGCGUCUUCGAGGUGCUGGCUACGGCUGGUGAUACUCAUCUUGGUGGUGAAGAUUUUGAUCAACGUGUGGUUGACCACUUCGUCAAGCUAUACAACAAGAAGAAUAACGUCGAUAUCACCAAAGAUCUGAAGUCAAUGGGUAAACUCAAGCGCGAGGUUGAGCGAGCGAAACGUACACUCUCUUCGCAGAUGUCGACCCGAAUCGAGAUCGAGGCCUUCCACGAGGGCAAGGACUUCUCCGAGACACUGACCCGGGCCAAGUUCGAGGAGCUCAACGAUGACAUGUUCAAGAAGACAUUGAAGCCGGUCGAACAGGUUCUGAAGGAUGCGAAGGUCAAGAAGAGCGACAUUACCGAUAUCGUGCUUGUUGGUGGUUCAACACGUAUUCCCAAGGUGCAGCAAAUGAUCGAGAAGUACUUCGACAAGAAGGCGAGCAAGGGCAUCAACCCCGACGAAGCUGUUGCCUACGGUGCUGCUGUUCAAGCCGGUAUCCUGACUGGUGAGGAGGGCACAGACGGUGUUGUGUUGAUGGACGUCAACCCACUGACGCUCGGCAUCGAGACCACCGGUGGUGUCAUGACCAAGUUGAUUCCUCGCAACACUGUUGUGCCUACCAAGAAGUCUCAGAUCUUCUCGACGGCUGCCGACAACCAGCCAGUUGUCCUCAUUCAGGUGUUCGAAGGCGAGAGAUCUUUGACCAAGGACAACAACCUUCUCGGCAAAUUCGAAUUGACUGGAAUCCCUCCUGCACCACGUGGCGUCCCUCAGAUCGAGGUCUCCUUUGAGCUCGACGCGAACGGUAUUCUGCGUGUUACUGCAGGAGACAAGGGAACUGGCAAGGCCGAGUCUAUCACCAUCACCAAUGACAAAGGCCGUCUAUCACAAGAAGACAUUGACCGCAUGGUUGCAGAGGCCGAGGAGUUCGCCGAGGAAGACAAGCUUACUCGCGAGAAGAUCGAAGCCCGAAAUGCGCUCGAGAACUAUGCCUUCAACCUUAAGAACCAAGCCAACGACGAGGAAGGUCUGGGCGGCAAGAUCGACGAUGACGACAAGGAGACCCUGCUAGAGGCUGUCAAGGAGGCCACUGACUGGCUCGAGGAGAACCAUGCUACUGCCGAGAAGGAAGACUUUGAGGAGCAGCGCGAGAAGCUGUCCAACGUCGCUAUCCUAUCACGAGCAAGCUGUACGAGGGUGGUGCAGGUGGCAUGCCAGAUUAUGGUGAUGACGAGCCUGAGGGCCACGAUGAGUUGUAAGAUCAGGUCAUUCGCGAGCGUCAUGAUUACACGUUACGACAGGACGACGCGCGACGUCGUCGUGGAUGCUAGAUAG